AUGUCGAACGUGGAAAUUGCCGAGGAUGAGGCGUCGGCCAACAUGGCCAUGAUAUCGAAUGAGGAAUACAAAAUAUGGAAGAAGAACUCGCCCUUCCUGUACGACAUGGUCGUUACGCACGCGCUCGAGUGGCCGACGUUGACCAUGCAGUGGUUCCCGGACAAGGAGGUGUUUGCGGGCAAAGGCUUUGCGCGGCACCGCAUGCUGCUCGGCACGCACACGUCCGGGCAAGACAACAACUACCUCCAGAUCGCCACGGCGAAUCUCCCCCUGACCGAGAGCGACGCGGGCGGCGCCGAUGCCAAGGUCGAGAUGAAGGACUACGACGAGGAAAAAGGCGAGAUUGGAUCGUACUCCUCGACCUCGACUCGCAUCCAGAUUACGCAGCGCAUCAACCACGAAGGCGAGGUGAACCGCGCGCGGUACUGCCCCCAGAACUGCGACCUGAUCGCGACGCGUGCCGUGAGCGGCCUGACCUAUGUGUUUGACCGGACGAAGCACAGCAACCAGCCGGACAGCGACGGCAAGUGCCGUCCGGACAUUACGCUCCGUGGCCAGACCCAGGAGGGCUACGGUCUGGCGUGGAACCCCAUUCGCCAAGGGCAUAUUCUGGCCGCUUCUGAGGACACGACCGUGUGUCACUGGGACAUUAAUGCAUACCAGAAAGAGACGGCGACACUCGAGCCGCUCAAGGUGUACCGGGGCCACUCGUCUAUCGUCGAGGACGUCGCGUGGCACAACCACCACGAGCACCUCUUUGCCUCGGUCGGCGACGACCGCCAGAUGCUUCUGUGGGACACGCGCGAGUCGGGCGAGUCGCCCAAGCAGCGUGUCGAGGCGCACACGAGCGAGGUGAAUGCCGUGUCGUUCAGCCCCGCGAGCGAGUACAUCCUCGCGACCGGCUCCAGCGACAAGACGGUCGCGCUGUGGGAUCUGCGGAACCUCGGCGUGCGUCUGCACUCGCUCGAGGCGCACACCGACGAGGUGCUGCAGCUUGCCUGGUCGCCGCAUCACGAGACGGUCCUUGCGUCUGCCUCGGCGGACCGCCGUGUGAACAUCUGGGACCUGAGCCGCAUCGGCGAGGAGCAGACCUCGGAGGACGCCGAGGACGGUCCGGCGGAGCUGCUGUUUGUGCACGGCGGCCACACGAGCCGGCCGACGGACAUGGCCUGGUCGCCGCAGGACCCGUGGAAGGUGGCUACCGCGGCGGAGGACAAUAUCGUGAUGGUCUGGCAGCCCGCCGCGUCCAUCGUCGAGCCCGCCGAGGGCGACGUGGAUGCUGCGGAACUCGAGUAG